AUGGCCAACAACGAAUACUAUCACACGAAUAUCUCACAACCUCCCACCUAUGAAGCUACACCCGGGAAGACAGAUCAAUACCCGCCCACAGCUCCUGGAUUUGGCUACGCAAGCCCCAGUUACAAUAACCACAGCGAUCCCGCAGCCCCUUAUCACAACCGAGAAAGUCAACAGUCAAUUGCAUCGGAGAAUGGACAUUAUCAGGCAGCCGGACGAGUGGCGGACGGCGACAAUUAUGCAGAAAACAUUCCUUUGAAGACCAACACCCAACGCAUUACCCUCCGUCACCAGGGGGGGAUUGAAGAUAGCCGACAACGUGAUAGCCGAAAGAAGAUAGGGUUCUUCAGCAAGAAGAUUGCCUGGGUGACAUACCUCUUGACAUUAGCCCAGAUCAUCGUAUUUAUUGUCGAACUUGUCAAGAACGCCCAGUUGACAGGCUCAGUCAUCGAAACGAAACCUACCUUUAAUCCGAUGAUCGGGCCCUCGCCGUACGUCCAAAUCUGGAUGGGAGCCCGCUACAAUCCGUGUAUGAAGAACGUGGAGGGGAUCCAGAAUGCCAAGGAAUCCAUACAGUGGCCCUGCCCAAGUUCAACAUCGGCCACGGGAACAUGCACUUUGUCUGAAGUGUGUGGCUUUAAUGGUGUUCCCAACCCCGUUGUAGCCGGGUCCACGGAUGAUAGGCCGGCCCCCAACCAGUGGUACCGAUUCAUUAUCCCCAUCUUCCUGCAUGGAGGAUUCAUCCACAUCGGAUUCAACCUGUUGGUACAGAUGACCAUGGGCGCAGACAUGGAGCGCAUGGUUGGCAUGUGGCGCUACACCUUGACUUACUUCGCCAGUGGUAUCUUUGGGUUCGUUUUGGGUGGAAACUAUGCCGCCCAGCUUGACCCCAGCGAUGGCUGCUCCGGCGCCCUAUUCGGCAUCCUUGCCCUCUACCUCCUCGACUUGUUGUAUGAAUGGCCCCAGCGUGAAUCGCCGUGGGUUGAACUUAUCAUCAUGGUUCUCGGAGUGGGUAUCUCCUUCGUUUUGGGUCUUCUCCCAGGAUUGGAUAACUUCUCCCACAUUGGUGGCUUUGUCAUGGGUCUCGCCAUUGGUAUGACUAUCAUGCGAUCGCCUAACGCUCUCCGCGAGCGGAUUGGCCUGGCACGACAGCCAUAUGUUGCCAUGAGCGGUGGAGCUGGCCAGGCUGGCCCCGAGCAAAAGACCACCUCCCUCAUGGAUUUCUUCAAGGGCAAGCGAGGCUUCACCUCCAGCUCGACAGAAACCCCCGGUGCUUCCACAGGCCCGCUCAACUUCUUCAAGGGCCGUAAGCCUCUUUGGUGGCUGUGGUGGGUUGUCCGUGCCGGCGCGCUGGUUGCGGUCCUCAUUGGUUUCAUCAUGUUGCUUGUCGAUUUUUAUAAAUACCCUUCCUCAAACUGCUCCUGGUGCUACCGCUUGAGUUGUCUGCCCGUUAAUGGCUGGUGCAAGCAGAACAACUUGCCGACUGCCACUGAGACCGGCGGCAAAACUGGCUGA